GUUGCAACUGUCCACGAUUACAAGAAGGAUAUGCAACUGAGCAUCCAGCUGAAUCGCUGGAUAAUGAAGCCUAUCGGCGUUUGGCCGCGAUCAAUCGAGAUCUCGUGGGCAGAAAGAUUAGUGUACAUGUUGGUAAAUGUAAUCUGCGUCAGUUUAAUCGGGUUCCUCUUUAUCCCUUGCGCUAUAUACAUUGCGUUGGAGGUUGAAGAAAUUUACGAUAUGCUGAGACUGUUCGGGCCAAUGAGUUUCUGCCUUAUGGCCGUCGUCAAGUACUCUUCACUCAUUUGUCGCGAGAAUGAUAUUCGCAGAGGUAUCGAGCACAUCGAGAACGACUGGAUGAACACGCGGCAUUACGAUGACCGGAGUAUUAUGAUCAGAAACGCCAAAUUUGGCCGUCGCCUCGUCGCGAUCUGCGCUUUCUUCAUGUACGGCGGUGCCGUGUUCUAUUACCUUGCCAUGCCAUUUAGCCACGGCAAGAUCACGGAACUCGGCAGCAACUUGACAUAUCGGCCACUCGUAUAUCCAGUCGCCAGAUUGAUCGUCGACGCGCGAUAUAGCCCUGUCAGCGAGAUCUUCUUCUGGUUACAGUGCGUUUCAGGAUUCCUCACGCAUUCCAUUACAACCGUUGCUUGCAGCCUAGCAGCGGUGUUCGUGAUGCAUGCUUAUGGCCGCAUGGAGGUUCUCAUGAAAUGGAUCGAACAUUUGGUUGACGGUCGAGAGGAUUUCUGUAGUAAUGUGGACGAUAGGCUAGCUAUGAUUGUGCAACAGCACGUUCGAGUCUUACAUUUCGUAUCUCUAACGGACAGGAUACUGCGCGAAAUAUCUAUCGUGGAAAUUAUAGGAUGUACGUUAAACAUGUGUUUUCUUGGAUAUUAUGUUAUCAUGGAGUGGGAAACGGUGGAACUUGCGAGUUACGUGACAUAUACUAUUUUGUUCACAUCAUUGACCUUCAACAUUUUUAUAUUUUGUUACAUUGGCGAGCUUAUUGCCGGACAGUUUAAAAAAAUCGGCGAGAUAUCGUACAUGAUCGAGUGGCAUCGGUUACCAAGAAAGAAUGGUCUCUGCCUUGUUUUGAUGAUCGUCAUGUCCAAUUCGUCUGUUAAACUUACCGCUGGAAAUUAUGUCGAGCUAUCUCUUAAUACCUUCGGUGACGUAGUUAAGACAUCUGUCGCCUACUUGAACAUGUUACGCACGUUGACUUCCUAAAAUUUUCAUAAAACGUGUAAAUUAUAGUAUAGAUCGAUACAAGGAUUAAUUACGAGUAAAUGUCAAUUAAUUAUCUGAUCUCAUACCGGUAUGAAAGGGAGAGGAAUGAGAUAUAAUAGAGAGAAUGGAGAUUUAAUAAAUAGAAUACUUGAGUAUUUAUAUACAAAGUAAAUACACUUCAAAAAUCUAAUUCGCAUCUAUCGUUUUUUGCAAACCCUUCUUAAACUCCAUGUGCUUUAAUUCGCAAUAUAAGAAUAAACGACGCGGUGUUAGAGGAAUAGAAAUAAUUUAAUUUUCUUUGCUGGUAAACGAAAAGUAUAAAGAUAAACCGAUUUCAUAUGUUCUUCUUGCAAGUAGAUGUUGGCUCUAUUUCAGCACACUUCUUUUAAUAUCACUUCUAACGUACAUCGAAUAUUUGGGAGGCGUUGUACUUUUACAAGCUCUUAUAUUUUUUCUAUUAUAAUUUCAGAAAUUAACAUACACUUCUAAAUCACAAUGACUAUGAAAAGGUUUAGUUCAAUCAAGAUAAACUAAGAUUGUUACUGAAUAAAUCUUGACACGAUAUACGAUAUCAAUAAAAUAUUUUUCAAAAGCUUGAAAUGUUUUGAUGUUUCUUUUUAUCACUAUCUAUUUUCUUUAUAACGCU